AUGAAUACUGCACCAAGCAAUGAAGUUAAUCAAAUUCAGACAAAUGCAGAAAAACCGCCUGCCGCUGAUAAGGACGGAACAUUGCACAGCAGAGGUUGUGGAUGGAAACCAGAAUGUGCACAUCGGGCUAAAAGGUAAAACUGAUCUCGCUAUACACCUGAAUUACCAAGCACGAGGUAUAUAAAAGAUGCUUAAUUAAUGAAACCGUAGGAAGAAGAGUUUAGAACUGAUAGAGCCAUCCAGUAUAAAUGAAGUUAGUUUAGUUUAGGUUUCCUCUUGUAGUAACACUGGAUCAAUAAGAGAUGAUCUUUAUUGGACCUCUAGUAAGAACAGUUUAAAACUGAUAGAGCUAUUUAGUAUAAAUGAACUUAGUUUAGUUUAGGUUUCCUCUUGUGGUAACAAUGAAUCAAUAAGAGAUGAUCCCUACUGGACCUCUAUAGGAAGAACAGUUUAGAACUGAUAAAGCCAUCCAGUAUAAAUAAAGUUAGUUUAGGUUUCCUCCUGUAGUAACAAUGAAUCAAUAAGCUAGAGAUGAUCCUUAAGGACUAGACUUCUAGGAAGAACAGUUUAGAACUGAUAGAGUUAUCCAGUAUAAAUAAAGUUAGUUUAGUUUAGGUUUCCUCCUGUAGUAACACUGGAUCAAUAAGAGAUGAUCCUUACUGGACCUCUAGGGAGAACAGUUUAGAACUGAUAGAGCUAUCAAGUAUAAAUAAAGUUAGUUUAGUUUGGGUUUCCUCCUGUAGUAACACUGGAUAAAUAAGAGAUGAUCCUUACUAGACCUCUAGGGAGAACAGUUUAAAACUGAUAGAGCCAUCCAGUAUAAAUAAAGUUAGUUUAGUUUAGGUUUCCUCCUGUAGUAACACUGGAUCAAUAAGAGAUGAUCCUUCAUUACCGGCUUACUGAAUCUCUAGGGUCUAGGGAGGACAGUUCAGAACUGACAGAGCUAUCUAAUGCAAAUAAAUAUACACAAUACAAAGGGUUAUUUUUCGUAGAACACUACUUCUCUUUGUUAUAGUGUAUCUUCAAACAACAACAAGGCUGAUCUUAAUUUUUUCAAAAACUGUAUCGCGGAUGUAUACUGCUACAAGAAAUCUCCCACCAGUGAUGCUUGGAUCGGGCUGCCAUCAUACAAGGACAAGUUUACUACGUAUUUUAAUGACGCAGCAAAGAGAAUCGAGCGGUUUUUCAUACGAAAUAAUGAUUGGUCCGCAAUUUUGGAUAGGGUACGCCGCAAUGGACUAUCUUGUGAGAAACUGUUAUACGUGAUCGCUGCCAGGUAGAAAAAAACUUUAAACUAUCUUUAUUUUUAUUUAUACUUUAUAUCUGCAAAAAUACUACCUACACUGGACCACCACGCUUACGAUCUACGCUGGACAACCAUUGAGAUAUCUAGUUUUUAAGCCGUAGUUCAGACACAGAACGCGCGCCUAUAAGACUCGUAGCUGCUCAUCUCAAGUCUCAAAUUCUCUUCGAUAACACACUUAGAAACAAGUGUGAUUUUCAUGUCCAGAAACGGCCUGCAUAUACUUGAAUAACGCAUUAACAGAAAGCCAGUAAAUUAUAAAAGUAUGGUCUGCAGGUUUCGAAUAUAAAUGUUGGCACUAUAAUAGAGUGGCACAAACUCUUGGUUCUUCUCUACAGGGCUUGAAACGGAAUAGAACGCGCGCCUAUAAAAGACUCAUAUCUGCAUUAUGUCUCAAAUUCUCUUCGAUAACACGCUUGGAAACAUCUACGAUUUUUAUGUCCAAAAGCGGCUGCAUAUAUUUGAAUAAAGCAUUAACAGAAGGCCAGUAAACUAUAGAUUUCGAAUAUGAAUUGUUUAGAGUGGCACAAAUUCUUGGUUCUUCUCUAUAGGGCUUGAAACGGAAUAGAACUCGCCCCUAAGAUUCAUCUGCAUUAUGUCAAGUCUCAAAUUCUCUUCGAUAACACACUUGAAAACACCUGCGAUUUGUAUGUCCAAAAACGGCUGCAUAUACUUGAAUAAAGCAUUAACAGAAAUCCAGUAAACUAUAAAACUAUAGGUUUCGAAUAUAAAUUGUUGGCACUAUAAUAGAGUGGCACAAAUUCUUGGUUCUUCUCUAGGGCUUGAAACGGAAUAGAACGCGCGCCUAGAAGACUCAUAUCUGCAUUAUGCCAAGUCUCAAAUUCUCUUCGAUAACACUCGGAAACACCUGCGAUUUUCAUGUCCAGAGCCGGGCUGUUUUAUUACUUUAUACUUGAUUAAAGUAUCAACAGAAAGCCUAAAGACUAUAGCUUUUCAAUAUGAAAUUGUUAGAGAGCUGCAAAUUCUCCUUUCUGCUCUACAGAGCUUGAAACGCAAUAGAAAGGGCGCCCAACUUAAACCUGCAUCUUGUUAAUUAAUAACAUCUCAAGUUAUUUUCGGUAACAGACUGGGAAAACCUGAGAUUUUCAAGUCCAGAGCCGCGCUUUUUCGAGUGGAAUAAAGGGAGUAUCAGCAGAAAGUCUGGAGAACGUAGAUUUUAAAUAUGAAAUUGGUAGAGUGGAGCAAAUUCUUGGUUCUUCUCUACAGAGCUUGAAACGGAAUAGAACGCGCGCCUAAGACUCAUAUCUGCUUUAUGUCAAGUCUCGAAUUCUCUUCGAUAAUCACUCGGAAACACCUGUGAUUUUCAUUUUCAGUAACGGCCUGCAUUUACUUGAGUAAAGCAUUAUCAGAAAGCCAAUAUACUAUAGAUCGUAGAAUAUUACCUAAACUGGACCACUACGUUUGAGAUGUCUUUUUCAAGUAUAAUGCAGACACUAACCACGACAGCUUAUUGUAUAGAAUACUACCUACACUGGACCAGCACGUUUGAGAUAUCUUUUUCAAGUAUAGUUCAGACAUUAACUACGACAGCUUAUUGUAUAGAAUACUACCUACACUGGACCAGCACGUUUGAGAUAUCUUUUCAGGUAGUUCAGACACAAACCACGACAGCUUAUUGUAUAGAAUACUACCUACACUGGACCAGCACGUUUGAGAUAUCUUUUCAGGUAGUUCAGACACAAACCACGACAGCUAAUUAUUGGAGAAUACUACAAUAAGCUGUCGUUAAUAAACUCGACUAUCACGUUUGAGAUUUCUUUUUCGGAUAGUUCUGACACAAACCAAGUACAUCAGCACAACAAUCAACAUGCAUAUGGAGUAUUUCUAGUAACCAAACGUCAUUCUAAUCUUUAGGUAUCACUACGUGGUCUAUGUGCUUAAUGUUUUAUUUCCCGAUCGAAGUUUUGGUCCAUGCAAAUACGACUAUGUGUACAAAAGACUCAAGAACCCAACUGGCGGUGAAUGCUUUGUGGUUCCUCUGCAUAAAAUCACUUGUACCUCUGACUUUGAUAUCGCGCUCAUGGGAGAGAGGUGGGUGACACAGUGAAUCGACUAACUUUAUUUAACUGGAUGGAUCUAUCAGUUCCAAACUGUUCUCCCCAGAGGUCCAGUAAGGGUCAUCUCUAGCUUAUUGAUCCAGUGUUACUACAGGAGGAAACCUAAACUAACUUUAUUUAUACUGGAUAACUCUAUCAGUUCUAAACUGUUCUCCUUAGAGGUCCAGUAUGAGUUAUCUCUUAUUGAUCCAGUGUUGCUACAGGAGGAAACCUAAACUAACUUUAUUGAUACUGGAUGGUUUUAUCAGUUCUAAAAUGUUCGCCUUAGAGGUCGAGUAAGAUCCCAAAACUUAUUUAUAAAGUUAGUUUUUUGAAAAAAACAUUUCUUGUUUUCAUUUCUUUCAGUUUUCAUUUCUUUCAUUCGUUUCUCAGUUUCAUUUCUUGUUUUUGUAGAUCAGGUACGUUGGCUGCGCGAUUUAAUCAAUUUUUCCUGGAGCCACUCGGAGCCGACAAAUUUGUCCCGGGAUUUGGAAAAUCGUCCGAGGAUAUUUUUGGAGGAAAUAUUUUUGCGUUUGCAUUGGAGUACGCACUUCCUGGCGCCAUCACAGGACUGACGAGUUCACAAUCUGCUGCUCUUAAUGGUCAGUCAAUGUGGUUGAAUUUUAAUUUAUCAUAUCCAAUUAUAUACGCUGCACUGGUAACUAAGAAAUAUUGUUUCCAGGAUUUCCUAGCCAUUUUUCCUGAAGGUGGACAAACCAGGAAACAUUAUUUCCUAGCCAUGUUUCCUGAAGGUGGACAGACCAGGAAACGUUAUUUCCUAGCCAUGUUUCCUGAAGUUGGAUAGAUCAGGAAACAUUGUUUCCUAGCCAUGUUUCCUGAAGGUGGAUAGAUCAGGAAACAUUGUUUCCUAGCCAUGUUUUCUGAAGGUGGACAAACCAGGAAACAUUGUUUCCUGAAGGUGAACAGACCAGGAAACAUUGUUUCCUAAAGGUGAACAGACCAGGAAACAUUGUUUCCUAGCCAUGUUUCCUUAAGGUGGACAGACCAGGAAACAUUGUUUCUUAGCCAUGUUUUCUGAAGGUGGACAAACCAGGAAACAUUGUUUCAUGAAGGUGGACAAACCAGGAAACAUUGUUUCCUGGCCAUGGUUCCUGCAGGUGGACAAACCAGGAAACAUUGUUUCCUAGCCAUGUUUUCUGAAGGUGGGCAAACCAGGAAACAUUGUUUCCUAGCCAUGUUUCCUGAAGGUGGACAAACCAGGAAACAUUGUUUCCUAGCCAUGUUUCCUGAAGGUGGACAAACCAGGAAACAUUGUUUCCUAGCCAUGUUUCCUGAAGGUGGACAAACCAGGAAACAUUAUUGUUUCCUAGCCAUGUUUCCUGAAGGUGGGCAAACCAGGAAACAUUGUUUCCUAGCCAUGUCUCAUUAAGCUAUCAAGGACAUACGAACAAAUUUUCCUUGUCCAAAAGCAGGCAAGACUAUAGCUUUCGAACAAGGCUCAUUGGCAAGGAAAACUUGUCAAUAUUUUGCCAUACACACGAGCAAAUAAAACUUGUCAAAGAAAACAUACUCUACUGUACGGGGUUUAAAUCUCCAGGUUCCAUCUACUGCUUACUGAAACUCCCAAUAAGCAAAACAGAGGAUUUUCUUCUUCAAUUUUAGGACUACUCAACCUCAGAAAAAAUGUCCAUUUUCAACUACAAGAGAUUGUCACAGCCAUUCGAAAGAUGCACAACUAUUUACCCAAAUAUUACAACGACUUAUUGAUGGACCAGGCGGAGUUGAAAACAAGACCGACCAAGGGGAAUUUGGAUAAAAUUUUCAACGAUAUUGUGAAACUAUUCAAUACUAUCGAAGAGAAAGUUGCAGGAGUGACCAGUUCCAGCGGUUCGGAUAUUAGUUAUAGGUAGAUAUAAAGCUAUCCAUUAUAAAUAAAGUUAGUUUAGGUUUCCUUCUGUAGUAACACUAGAUCAAUAAGAGAUGAUCCUUACUGGACCUCUAGGAAGAACAGUUUAGAACUGCUAGAGCUAUCCAGUAUAAAUAAAGUUAGUUUAGUUUAGGUUUCCUCCUGUAGUAACACUGGAUCAAUAAGAGAUGAUCCUUACUGGACCUCUAGGAAGAACAGUUUAGAACUGAUAGAGCUAUCCAGUAUAAAUAAAGUUAGUUUAGUUUAGGUUUCCUCCUGUAGUAACACUAGAUCAAUAAGAGAUGAUCCUUACUGGACCUCUAGGAAGAACAGUUUAGAACUGAUAGAGCUAUCCAGUAUAAAUAAGUUAGUUUAGUUUAGGUUUCCUCCUGUAGUAACACUAGAUCAAUAAGAGAUGAUCCUUACUGGACCUCUGGGAAGAACAGUUUAGAACUGAUAGAGCAUCCAGUAUAAAUAAAGUUAGUUUAGUUUAGUUUUCCUCGUGUAGUAACACUGGAUUAAUAAGAGAUGAUCCUUACUGGACCUCUAGGGAGAACAGUUCAGAACUGAUAGAGUUAUCCAGUAUAAAUAAAGUUAGUUUAGUUUAGGUUUUGUCCUGUAGUAACACUGUAUCAAUAAAAAAUGAUCCUUACUGGACCUCUAGGAAGAACAGUUUAAAACUGAUAGAGAGCUAUCCAUUACAAAUAAAGUUAGUUUAGGUUUCCUCCUGUAGUAAUACUGGAUCAAUCAGAGAUGAUCCAUACUGGACCUCUAGGAAAAACAGUUUAGAACUGAUAGAGCUAUCGAGUAUAAAUAAAGUUAGUUUAGUUUAGGUUUCCUCCUGUAAUAACACUGGAUCAAUCAGAGACCAAUCAAUGACCCAUACUGGACCUCCAGUUUAAUGGGAUAUCUAUUCCAGCGCUUACUCAUUCGUUUCAGAUACCAACAUGAUAUGGCCAGAUGUAUGAUUCACGGAAUUAUCGAAAGUACCGGAAAAACCGGUUUGGUUGCAAACUCCAUUGUUGAACAUGCAAUGGCAAUUAUAUUUGGAGCUGAGGUAAUUUAUAUCGUAAAUGUAUAAUAUGGUAUGGUAUAGUACGGUAUGGUGUGGCAUAGUAUGGCAUAUAUAGUAUGGUAUAGUAUGGUAUGGCAUAGUAUGGUAUGGCAUAGUAUGGUAUGGCAUAGUAUUGUAUGGUAUGGCAUAGUAUGGUAUGGUAUAGUAUGGUAUGGUAUAGUAUGGUAUGGUGUAGUAUGGUUUGGUAUGGCAUAGUAUGGUAUGGUAUAGUAUAGUAUGGCAUAGUAAGGUAUGGCAUAGUAUGGUAUGGCAUGGUAUGGCAUAGUAUAGUAUGGUAUGGUAUGGUAUGGUAUAGUAUGGUAUAGUAAGGUAUGGUAUGGUGUGGUAUGGUAUAGUAUGGUAUGGUGUGGUAUGGCAUAGUAUGGUAUGGAAUGGUGUAGUAUGGUAUAUGGUAUGGCAUAGUAAAGUAUGGUGUGCUAUGGCAUGGUAUAGUAUGGCAUGGCAUGGCAUGGCAUAGUAAGGUAUGAUAUGGCAUAGUAAGGUAUGGUAUGGUAUAGUAUGGUAUGGCAUAGUAAGGUAUGGUAUGGUAUGGUAUAGUAUGGUAUGGUGUGGUAUGGCAUAGUAUUAGGUAUGGUAUGGUAUGGUAUAGUAUGGUAUGGUGUGGUAUGGCAUAGUAUGGUGUUGUAUGGCAUAGUAUGGUAUGGUGUGGCAUAGUAAGGUAUGGCAUAGUAUGGUAUGGUAUGUUGUGGUAUGGCAUAGUAUGGUAUGGUAUAGUAUGGUAUGGUGUGGUAUGGCAUAGUAAGGUAUGGCAUAAUAUGGUAUGGUAUGGCGUGGUAUGUAUAUGGUAUGGCAUGGUAUAGUAUGGUAUGGUAUAAUAUUGUGUGGUAUGGCAUAGUAUGGUAAUGGUAUGGUGUAGUAUGGCAUGAUAUGGCAUAGUAUAGUAUCAUUAGUAUGGUAAGGCAUGGUAUGGUAUGAUAUGGCAUAGAAUAGUAUGGUUUGUAAGCUAUGGUAUGGUUAUGGUAUGGCAUAGUAUGGUAUGGGAUGGUAUGAAUUGUAAUAAUAUACUAUUCCACUUCAUUGACAUCAUAACAGUUUGUCUUACAAAACUGCAGGUCUACCACACAACAGGCACGGUACGACAUGUAUUUGGACAAAUGAAAAUGCAACGAUACUCGACUCAUAUUACCGAAAUUGAUGCUUGGGUGUCAAUGUUGGAAAAUUGGGCAGAUUCUGUGAAAGAAUUUAAGCGAGAAUGCGAGACGAAGGGGCUUCUGGUUGCUCAAUGUCUGCCAAAAAUGUCAAAGAAUCUAUUACGCACCCUAGCGGCAAUGAAAACGAUUUGGAAAAGCCUUCCUGACCAAAUUGAGGGGAACAGUAUGAAAGCAGACUUGGCUAAGAUCACCCCGAGCACAGUGGUGAACUGGUAUUUGAAUGUCCAAAGGAAGGUGAGGUUUACUUGUUGUUGUUUUUUUAUUAUGUCUUAUAGAAUUUACUUUUUAUGUUAUGUUCAUCUUUGGACAUACUUGGGUGGAUGCAGUUUAUUUCAGCAAGCAAUAUCGUGCAGCAUACGAUGGUCAAACGAUAGUUAUCAGGCUAAUAUUUUGUAGUAACUAAAUAUUUUGUAUUUUGACUAGUUUAUAACGCUCGCGUCCUCAGCAGCUUAUUGUAGAACACUACCUACACUGGACCACCAAGUUUGAGAUAUCUUUUUCAGGUAGUUCAGACACCAACCACAACAGCUUAUUGUAUAGAAUACUACCUACACUGGACCACCACGUUUGAGAUACCUUUUUCAGGUAGUUCAGACACCAACCACGACAGCUUAUUGUAGAAUCCUACCUACACUGGACCACCACGUUUUGAGAUAUCUUUUUCAGAUAGUUCAGACACAAACUGCAACAGCUUAUUGUAGAAUACUACCUACAAUGGACCACCACGUUUGAGAUCUUUUUCAGAUAGUUCAGACACAAAACUCGUCAACUUUAUCUAAUUUUCCCCUCUAUUUAAUGAUUUAAAGGGCCUGGACGAGCUGCCCAGUUCGGAGCAAUAUAAUUUCAAGCUGUUCCUGACAACUUUCAAAUGUCCCGAAAAUCUGAAGUUCACCGAUGAUAACAUCGCAUUUCACAAGUGUUUGGACGCAAUUCAAAACGAAGUUCGGAAGUAUAAUAGACGCUUGUUCACAUACAUUACUUAUAAAAACAAAGUGUGA